AUGUAAAAGCCCUUAAUUUUCAUUUUUAUUUGUUCCUUGCUCAUAUUGCAAGCAAGUUCUUAGAACUUUGACAUAGAUAUGACCUUUAAUCAUACUAAGAUUCCAUAUAAGUGGGGUUAGAUGAAGAGAUAUCAUCAAAUACUAAAAAAUGUUACUAAAGAUAUCCACUACAAUGAGACUCAAGAAUAUGAAUUCGACUAUGGAGGUUACCGUACUACUUUUAGCAUGGAAAUACAAGACUAUGAAGGAAAAGGACCUAACCCUUGUGAAAUAACUCCUCGUUCAGUUGAUAUUGAAUUUGAUAGACUUGAUGCUUCAAUAAACCCUAAAAACAUUGAAUAUUUAGCCAUGCACUCAUUUAAUAAUAUUUUAGUUACUUUGAAUGCAGAGUUUAACUUAUAGGUCUUCUACAUUAAAUCUGAAUAUGUAUUUUAUAAGGGUCUCGAUAUUUACCUUUUGGACUAGAUCAAGAUAGAUCCUUAAACCUUAUCACCAUACAUUCCUGGUAGCUAGAAUCUGAUCAUUUCAAAUUCUCACAAUGGUAAACUUGUCCACAUUUUGCUCCCUUCUACAAUGUUGACCUUCGAAAUGGUUAGAAUUGAAGACAUCUAAUCAUUUAAGAUAAAAUUAUUCAAAAACAGCGAUUACAGAGUCAGAAAAGAAAUUAGUGCAGCCUAAUUUUCUAAUGGAUAUCUUUUUGUUUCAGUUGAUGAAGAUGGUAUUGAUGUAUAUUAAGUUCAAAAUGAAAUAUCAGUAAACUACUACUUUAUUAAAAACUUGAAUUAAAAUUCUCUUAGUUUACCUUACUUUUUGAAUGCUGUUGAUUUAGCCACAGAUCAUUCUCAUAGACUUUAUAUCGUUUGUCCUAAUAAUGGUGUGAUUAUCUAUUUUGUUUAUGAAAAUGCUUUUGAGAAAAGUGGUAUUGUUCAUACAAUUUCCAAUCUUAAAAACUCAACUAAAAUUGCCGUUAGAGGAGACCACACUUUAGUUGUUAUCGGUGAUGAUGUAGAAAGAUCUUAUGUUACUGAAAUUUUCUAUGACAUAGAGACAAAUGACUAUUUCAUUAAUAGAUAUUUUACAAGCACAGAAUAUACUUGGACUGAUGUUCAAAUGGGUGAACUUUUCACAUUCAUCCAAGGAAGAGGAUAUCACAAAAUUUUAUAUCAAGGUAUUAAUAAAGAAUUGGUGCCUUAAGCAGAUAAGCACAGCGACUUUUUAAACGGUAUUGCCUUGUAAGAAAUUGAUUAAUACGAUGUUAAAUAAGUAUAAUCAGUUUAUAAAGGAGCUACUUCAUUUAUUGCUAUCACUGACAAUAGCAUUUACGGAAUUGAAUUAUAAGAAAUUCCUCCCAAGCUUGUCUGUAGAGCAGAUUAGAAGAGUCAAAUUGGAGAAAGCAACAUGAGAUUAGUUUUUAACUCAACUGAUUGCAAUUUAGCAACUUACCAUUCACCAAUUCUCUACAAUGUUUGGUAGAUGUGCCAAACUGAUUUUAACUUCAAGCUUGUUGUCCAUGACAUUUGGAUUGAUGGAUAAAAUGUAUCAGUUGCAGGUUUAAUAGCAGUAAUAGUUAUCUUAAUCUUUAUCAUACUUAUUAUGGUAUUCGCUUAUUUAUUUAAUAAAUAUAAGCAAAGAUUCUCUAAAACAGAAUCAGAGCUUUUAGAUAUCAAAUAAAAAUAUCAUGUUUUAGAAACUGCUAGCAGUAAAAAUAAAGACACAACUGUUAUGCAAGAUAAAUCAAAUUUAUAAUUUAACAAUAAUAACUAAUUAGAUACAAGUGCUUUAAGGUGA